GGAGCCUGAGCCAGUGGAGGACUGUGUGCAGAGCACUCUCGCCGCCCUGUAUCCACCCUUUGAGGCAACAGCCCCUACCCUGUUGGGCCAGGUGUUCCAGGUGGUGGAGAGGACUUAUCGGGAGGACGCACUGAGGUACACGCUGGACUUCCUGGUACCAGCCAAGCACCUGCUUGCCAAGGUCCAGCAGGAAGCCUGUGCCCAGUACAGUGGAUUCCUCUUCUUCCAUGAGGGGUGGCCGCUCUGCCUGCAUGAACAGGUGGUGGUGCAGCUAGCAGCCCUACCGUGGCAACUGCUGCGCCCAGGAGACUUCUAUCUGCAAGUGGUGCCCUCAGCUGCCCAGGCACCACGACUAGCACUCAAGUGUCUGGCCCCUGGGGGUGGACGGGUGCAGGAGAUUCCUGUGCCCAAUGAGGCCUGUGCCUACCUAUUCACACCUGAGUGGCUACAAGGCAUCAACAAGGACCGGCCAACAGGUCGCCUCAGUACCUGCCUACUGUCUGCGCCCUCAGGGAUUCAGCGGCUGCCCUGGGCUGAGCUCAUCUGCCCACGAUUUGUGCACAAAGAGGGCCUCAUGGUCGGACAUCAGCCAAGUACGCUGCCCCCAGAACUGCCCUCUGGACCUCCAGGGCUUCCCAGCCCUCCACUUCCUGAGGAGGCGCUGGGUACCCGCAGUCCUGGGGAUGGGCACAAUGCCCCUGUGGAAGGACCUGAGGGCGAGUACGUGGAGCUGUUGGAGGUGACGCUGCCUGUGAGGGGGAGCCCAGCAGAUGCUGAAGGCUCCCCGGGCCCCUCCAGAGUACGGACAGUACCCACUCGCAAGGGUGCUGGAGGGAAGGGCCGCCACCGGAGACACCGGGCGUGGGUGCACCAGAAGGGCCUGGGACCUCGGGACCAGGAUGGAGCACGCCCACCCGGCGAGGGGAGCAGCACUGGAGCCUCCCCUGAGUCUCCCCCAGGAGCUGAGGCUGUCCCAGAGGCAGCAGUCUUAGAGGUGUCUGAGCCCCCAGCAGAGGCCGUGGGAGAAGCCUCUGAAUCUUGCCCCCUGAGGCCCGGGGAGCUUAGAGGAGGAGGAGGAGGCCAGGGAGCUGAAGGACCACCUGGUACCCCUCGGAGAACAGGCAAAGGAAACAGAAGAAAGAAGCGAGCUGCAGGCAGAGGGGCUCUUAGCCGAGGAGGGGACAGUGCCCCACUGAGCCCUGGGGAUAAGGAAGAGGCCAGCCACCAAGAAGCCCUUGGCAAUCUGCCCUCACCAAGUGAGCACAAGCUUCCAGAAUGCAGCCUGGUUAAGGAGGAAUAUGAAGACUCAGGGAAGCCAGACUCUGAGCCCAAAGAGUUCAAAACAGCAGGCGAGAAAGAGCCUCAGCCCUCUGAAGCCUGUGGGCCUACAGAAGAGGGUGCCAGAGAGAGAGAGCAGGAGGGGCCAGGCCUCGUGUGUAUGGCAGGACACGAAGGCCCAGAAGGCCUCCUGUCUGACACUCCAACACCUCUGCUGGAGACUGUGCAGGAAGGAAAAGCGGACAGCAUUCCAGAAGAGGCCCUUCCGGUCUCCAUCUCUGAUGACCCUGAUGUGGCUUGGGACUUGAUGGCAUCUGGAUUCUUCAUCCUGACAGGAGGGGUGGACCAGAGUGGGCGAGCUCUGCUGACCAUUACCCCACCGUGCCCUCCUGAGGAGCCCCCACCCUCCCGAGACAUGCUGAACACAACUCUUCAUUACCUCCACUCACUGCUCAGGCCUGAUCUACAGACACUGGGGCUCUCCGUCCUGCUGGACCUUCGCCAGGCACCUUCACUGCCUCCAGCACUCAUUACUGUCUUGAGCCAACUUCAGUUUAGGGUUAUUCUUCUCUGCCCUUAGGACUCAGGAGAUCCUCCCCUCGUUCAGCGGCUGCUGAUUCUCACUCACGAUGACCUUCCAAGUGAACUCUGUGGAUUUCAGGGUGCUGAGGUGCUGUCAGAGAAUGAUCUGAAAAGAGUGACCAUGCCAGAGGAGCUGCAGUGGGAGUUAGGAGGUCACAGGGACCCCUCUCCCAGUCACUGGGUAGAGAUACACCAGGAAGUGGUAAGGCUAUGCCGCCUGUGCCAAGGUGUGCUGGGCUCAGUACGGCAGGCCAUUGAGGAGCUGGAGGGAGCAGCAGAGCCAGAGGAAGAGGAGGCAGUGGGAAUGCCCAAGCCCCUGCAGAAGGUGCUGGCAGAUCCCCGGCUGACGGCACUGCAGAGGGAUGGGGGGGCCAUCCUGAUGAGGCUGCGCUCCACUCACAGCAGCAAACUGGAGGGCCAAGGCCCAGCUACACUGUAUCAGGAAGUGGACGAGGCCAUUCACCAGCUCGUGCGCCUCUCCAACCUGCACGUGCAGCAUCAAGAGCAGCGGCAGUGCCUGCGGCGACUCCAGCAGGUGUUGCAGUGGCUCUCGGGCCCAGGGGAGGAGCAGCUGGCAAGCUUUGCUGUGCCCGGGGACACCUUGUCUGCCCUGCAGGAGACAGAGCUGCGAUUCCGGGCUUUCAGCGCUGAGGUCCAGGAGCGCCUGGCCCAGGCACGGGAGGCCCUGGCUCUGGAGGAGAAUGCCACCUCCCAGAAGGUGCUGGAUAUCUUUGAACAGCGGCUGGAACAGGUUGAGAGUGGCCUCCAUCGGGCCCUGCGGCUACAGCGCUUCUUCCAGCAGGCACAUGAAUGGGUGGAUGAGGGCUUUGCUCGACUGGCAGGAGCUGGGCCAGGUCGGGAGGCUGUGCUGGCUGCACUGGCCCUGCGGCGGGCCCCAGAGCCCAGUGCCGGCACCUUCCAGGAGAUGCGGGCCCUGGCCCUGGACCUGGGCAACCCAGCAGCCCUGCGAGAAUGGGGCCGCUGCCGGGCCCGCUGCCAAGAGCUGGAGAGGAGGAUUCAGCAACACCUGGGAGAGGAGGCGAGCCCACGGGGCUACCGACGACGGCGGGCAGACAGUGCCAGCAGUGGAGGGGCCCAGUGGGGCCCCCACAGCCCCUCACCCAGCCUCAGCUCCUUGCUGCUCCCCAGCAGCCCUGGGCCACGGGCAGCCCCAUCCCAUUGCUCCUUGGCCCCAUGUGGAGAGGACUAUGAGGAGGAAGGCCCUGAGCUGGCUCCAGAAGCAGAGGGCAGGCCCCCACGGGCUGUGCUGAUUCGAGGCCUGGAGGUCACCAGCACUGAGGUGGUAGACAGGACAUGCUCACCGCGGGAACACGUGCUGCUGGGCCGGGCUGGGGGGCCAGACGGACCCUGGGGAGUAGGCACCCCCCGGAUGGAGCGCAAGCGGAGCAUCAGUGCCCAGCAGCGUCUGGUGUCUGAGCUGAUUGCCUGUGAACAAGAUUACGUGGCCACCUUGAGUGAACCAGUGCCACCCCCUGGGCCUGAGCUGACUCCUGAACUUCGGGGCACUUGGGCUGCUGCCCUGAGUGCCCGGGAAAGGCUUCGCAGCUUUCACCGGACACACUUUCUGCGGGAGCUUCAGGGCUGCGCCACCCACCCCCUACGCAUUGGGGCCUGCUUCCUUCGCCAUGGGGACCAGUUCAGCCUUUAUGCACAGUACGUGAAGCACCGACACAAACUGGAGAAUGGUCUGGCUGUGCUCAGUCCCUCAAGCAAGGGCUCCAUGGAGGCUGGACCUUACCUGCCCCGAGCCCUGCAACAGCCUCUGGAACAGCUGGCUCGGUAUGGGCGGCUCCUGGAGGAGCUCCUGAGGGAAGCUGGGCCUGAGCUGAGUUCUGAGCGCCAGGCCCUUGGGGCUGCUGUACAGCUGCUUCGGGAACAAGAGGCCCGUGGCAGAGACCUGCUGGCUGUGGAGGCGGUGCGUGGCUGUGAGAUAGAUCUGAAGGAGCAGGGACAGCUUUUGCAUCGAGACCCCUUCACUGUCAUCUGUGGCCGAAAGAAGUGCCUUCGCCAUGUCUUUCUCUUUGAGCAUCUCCUCCUGUUCAGCAAGCUCAAGGGCCCUGAAGGAGGGUCAGAGAUGUUUGUUUACAAGCAGGCCUUUAAGACUGCUGACAUGGGACUGACAGAAAACAUCGGGGACAGCGGACUCUGCUUCGAGUUGUGGUUUCGGCGGCGGCGUGCACGAGAGGCAUAUACUCUGCAGGCAACCUCACCAGAGAUCAAACUCAAGUGGACAAGUUCUAUUGCCCAGCUGCUGUGGAGACAGGCAGCCCACAACAAGGAGCUCCGAGUGCAGCAGAUGGUGUCCAUGGGCAUUGGGAAUAAACCCUUCCUGGACAUCAAAGCCCUUGGGGAGCGGACGCUGAGUGCCCUGCUCACUGGAAGAGCCGCCCGCACCCGGGCCUCCGUGGCCGUGUCAUCCUUUGAGCAUGCCGGCCCCUCCCUUCCCGGCCUUUCGCCGGGAGCCUGCUCCCUGCCUGCCCGCGUCGAGGAGGAGGCCUGGGAUCUGGACGUCAAGCAAAUUUCCCUGGCCCCAGAAACACUUGACUCUUCUGGAGAUGUGUCCCCAGGACCAAGAAACAGCCCCAGCCUGCAACCCCCCAACCCUGGGAGCAGCACUCCCACCCUGGCCAGUCGAGGGAUCUUAGGGCUAUCCCGGCAGAGCCAUGCUCGAGCCCUGAGUGACCCCACCACGCCUCUGUGACCUGGAGAAGAUCCAGAACUUGCCUGCAGCUUCUCCUCUCAGCACACUUUGGGCUGGGAUGGCAGUGGGGCAUAAUGGAGCACUGGGCGAUCACUGAAUUUCUUCCCUCUGCUUCCUGGACACAGAGGAGGUCUAAGGACCAGAGUAUUGCCCUGCCACCACUAUCUCUAGUCCCCCUAGCUUGGUGCCUUCUCCUGCAGGAGCCAGAGCAGCCACAUUGCUUGCCUUCAUACCCUGGAGGUGGGGAAGUUAUCCCUCUUCCAGUGCUUUCCCAUCCUGGGCCACUGUAUCCAGGACAUCACUCCCAUGCCAGCCCUCCCUGGCAGCCCAUGUUCUCCUCUUUUCUCACCCCUUGACUUUCCCUGAGAAGAAUCAUCUGUGCCAGGUCAACCGGAGUUCCCAGUGACUCCAUUCUGAGGUGUCACAAGAAAGAAGCUAUGCAAACUAUAAUAGGAGGGUGCAACAGGGAACUGUAGACUUUAUAUAUGUAAUUACUGUUAUUAUACUACUAUUGUUAUAUUAAAUGUAUUUACUCACACUUUGCCUC